AUGGAGGCUGUUUUGCAAAGCAAAGGGUUUCUUACUCUUCCCCCAAAUCCCAAAGCCAGAAGCUUAUUGCCUUCUCAUGGCCUUAGGCAGAGGAUUUUAUCCACAAAGCCUUUGAAUCUUCCUGGGUUAUCACUUUCCUCAAAUGGGUUUCAAAGAUUUCAGGGAUUUGUAUCGAGAAACGCUUCCUUCUCUCCCAAAGAGCGUGUUUCUCUCAUCUGCAGGGCUGAGGCCGCGGCGGCGCCUGCAGCGGAUUCCGAUGAGAUCCCUAAAUUUAUGGGGAUUGAGAUUGAAACCCUCAAGAAGAUUAUCCCUCUUGGGCUUAUGUUCUUUUGCAUCCUUUUCAAUUACACAAUUCUUAGGGAUACAAAGGAUGUUUUGGUUGUGACUGCUAAAGGUAGCAGUGCUGAGAUUAUUCCAUUUUUGAAGACUUGGGUUAAUUUGCCCAUGGCUGUUGGGUUCAUGUUGUUGUACACCAAAUUGGCUAAUGUUUUACCUAGAAAGGCUCUGUUCUACACUGUCAUCGUUCCAUUCAUUGCCUUUUUUGGGGCUUUUGGAUUUCUUUUGUAUCCUCUUAGCAAUUUUAUCCACCCUCAAGCUUUUGCUGAUAAGCUUCUCAACUCCCUUGGCCCGAGGUUCCUUGGUCCUCUGGCUAUUAUGAGGAUUUGGAGCUUUUGCUUGUUUUACGUCAUGGCUGAGUUGUGGGGAAGUGUCGUGGUUUCUGUUUUGUUCUGGGGAUUUGCCAAUCAGAUUACAACUGUUGAUGAAGCCAAAAAGUUCUAUCCUCUAUUUGGACUUGGUGCAAAUGUCGCCCUCAUUUUCUCGGGUAGAACUGUGAAGUAUUUCUCGAACAUGAGGAAACAUUUGGGUCCCGGAGUCGAUGGUUGGGCUAUAUCUUUGAAAGCCAUGAUGAGUAUAGUCGUCGGUAUGGGGCUCACGAUCUGUUUCCUCUAUUGGUGGGUGAAUAAGUACGCUUCUCUUCCAACUCGCAGCAAGAAGAAGAAGGAGAAGGUCAACAUGGGGACAAUGGAGAGCUUGAAAUUCUUGGCAUCUUCAAGAUACAUCAGGGAUCUUGCCACUUUGGUGGUUGCUUAUGGCAUCAGUAUCAACCUUGUCGAGGUUACGUGGAAAUCGAAGCUCAAAGCACAGUUUCCGAGCCCGAACGAAUACUCGUCUUUCAUGGGUGAUUUCUCAACUGCUACUGGAAUAGUAACAUUCAUAAUGAUGUUGCUUAGUCAAUAUAUUUUUAACAAAUACGGGUGGGGAGUUGCAGCCAAUAUUACGCCCACAGUACUCCUCAUUACUGGAGUUGCUUUCUUUUCAUUGAUUUUGUUUGGAGGCCCGAUAGCGCCGAUGCUUACCCAGUUCGGGUUAACGCCUCUUCUUGCUGCUGUUUAUGUGGGUGCUAUGCAAAACAUUUUCAGCAAGAGUGCCAAGUACAGUUUGUUUGAUCCCUGCAAAGAAAUGGCUUACAUUCCCUUGGAUGAGGAUACCAAGGUCAAAGGCAAGGCUGCCAUCGAUGUCGUCUGCAAUCCAUUGGGGAAGUCUGGAGGCGCUCUCAUUCAACAGUUCAUGAUCUUGACAUUCGGAUCUCUUGCAAACUCGACUCCAUACCUUGGAGGUAUCCUGUUGGUUAUCGUCCUGGCAUGGUUGGGAGCAGCCAGAUCCUUGGACAGCCAAUUCACGGCACUGCGUAAGGAGGAAGAGCUCGAGAAGGAGAUGGAACGAUCAGCAGUUAAGAUCCCAGUUUUGUCCAAGAACGACAGUGAAAAUGGGUCCUUAGCCACCAGUGGCACGCCUUUGAACCCCACCAAAGGUGACUCUCCAAGCAGUUCACCAGAAACCUCAGCUCCAACCAACGCCUAAAUUUGUUCUUCUAUCAACAGUUCAAACAAACACAGGAAGAGGUUGGUUGGUUGGUUUGGCUUAGAAUUUUGUGUUAGUUUUAUAGAAAUAAAGUUAGCCACAGACCGUAUGAAUCUGACUUUUUCCAAGAAUCUCUUUUUCAAUCUCAAUAUGUAUUUGUAAUCACAUUUAUAUAUAAAUGGUGGUGAAACCCCCAAUUGUAAUUCCAUUUA